AUACAAAGUGUUAUAUUACUCUAGUUUGAUUCUGACAUCUAAAGAUUAUGUCCAAGUAACAGCGUCUUUCUAUCCUUUGCUGUCUGUUGUAAUAAGAUUUUUAGUGUUUAUUGUUGGUACUGGAUUCCCUUGCUCCCUCAAUUAUAGGCCAUCUGAAAAACAUAGGUAAUGAUAUUAUUUUCCCUUUGAAUUGGAACUUAGGCCAUGGCUAAACGUUUAGCAUCUAUUUGGAAACUUAUGAGCUAUGUUCCUAUUUGUUGCCUUAGAAAUAUAUGCUGUUUAACUUUUCUAUAUUGAUCACAUACAAAUAGUGUAAUUUUCAAAUUUUUUUUUUUGUAACAUUUCAGGCAUUUCUUAGAAUGUGCCCCUUUUUUUGUUGUUUUAGCACUCCAAAUCCCUGUUAAUGUGAAGAAGUGCUGUUUCCCCACAGGCCAGAACUGUUGUCUUUCUGUCUAGAAUAAGAACUAGAAGUAGAGUAUGGCAUUUCAAUUCCAAUUGUGUUGUGAGAAUGAAAAUUAAAAUUCUUGGAACUUUUUACCUAAGAAAACAAUUUCCAAAAAAGACUGAUGAAUUUGAGAAAUUUAGCUUUAGGAUAAAAUCCAGUCAAUCUGAGUUCUAACUGAUUAUUUUGUCUUAAUUGAUUGUGAGAGGAUAUGCAAUUAAAGAUCACUGCUUGCACAGGGGGAAUCUUCCAGUAUUGGAAUGCCUCCAGGAGUCAGUGCCAUUUCACUGCUUCAUACUGAUACCAUGCUGUUCUUUUCAAUAACUCCUAAAGAACCUAAAGCUUCCAAGUAUCUGUGUCACCCUUCCUUCUGAUAAUACUGUUUCAACAUGUAUUAUUGAUAAAUGCCAGAUUUCUGGAUUAAGUGUCUCAGAAUGUCACAUGUAUCUUUUUUGAUUGAAUGAAAAUGAUUGACUGAAGAUUAAUUUUCUAUGAAGUUCAGUUAUUUAUGAAAAGGUUGUGAGAUUGAGUUGCAUUGUAUUUUCCAGAAAGGAACCUAUAAUUCCCUGUUGCUCUCUUUGUGAUACUAGACAUCCACUUAAAUCUCUGCAUUUUUGUAAAGUAAUCACAGGUAAAUCUGGACCAAGAACACUUUUCUAGGGAUUCCAGCUGAGUUUUAAGAUUAGGACAACAGAAGCAAAGCAAUAAUACAGUAUAAAAAUACAGAACCUUCUAAUAGUUUUUCUUCUUUAUUUGUACUUAAAUUACAUUUCAAUUCACUCUUGCCUUUUGAGUCUGCAGUCAAAAGUGACACCUAAUGCUUUAGAUGCAUGUUCCACUCAUCUUCAUCAUGCUAAAUGUUAAAUUAAAAGCUGUUAAAUUAGAGGUGUAAUGAGGAACUCAAACAUAUAAUUCUUUUUCAGUUGUUUUCAUUGUAACAGAAAUGAGCUUGGCCCUCAUGAAAUAUGAGAGAAAGAUUCUCUUUGUCCCACGCAAUUUACAGGUGAAGAAGCUGACAUCAUGAUGGUUAAAAUUCGCACUUACUUUAGUGUUUCAUUUACUUCUAGUUUUGUGAGAACUUAAACACAUGCCUACCAUUAUACAAAUGAGUUGUCUGAUUGCAGACCGUGCAUAUGGAAUUUGUCAUGCAUAAGUCCUUGAGGGUGUGGAACAUAAUUCUGUAAAACUCGAGUGGAUGUGAAUCAGCCAUUUUUUUAUGGCAAAAGUUUACCAAAAGCAGAUUUUAAAUUUUUAGUGUUAAUUUACUGUGUUUUUAAAAAUUCACAAAAAAUUACUAAUUUCUCCCCCUUUGAAUAGAUUAUACAUAGUGAAAAAUAACAAACCAUCUUGAUAGGUAUAUAGUACACUUAAUAUAUAAUACUGUUUUUAAUGUUAGAUUUUAAAAUGGUGGAGUAGACGAGCUGAACCUCCCAGGAUUUUAUAGCUUUCUAAUUCUUACUGCAAUAAAACAGUUGCAGUUAAUGAGAGAAUAGUUUUUAAAAACUUACAUCUACUGUACAGUAAAGUUUUGUAUUAAAAAAGAAUAAAAUCUUCCUAGAGCAAUGUAUAAAAUUUCUCUAUCUUCUUUGGUCUUAAUUCUUUCUUCCUAGGUACAUAAUGUAUGCUAUAAAAUAUCAGCAUUUAAGAUUUCUUUUUAAAAAAAAAUAUUGCUCUCUGAAUAAUGGUGUUUUCAGAUAACUGCUGAAAACUAUUAAGAAUUAAUAUUCUUUUUUUUGUUGGUGAGAGUGCUGCACUGAGAGUGCAGAUGCACAGCUAUAUUGUACUUUGAGAUAACGCAAAUAAAGAUUCCUUUACAAUUCUUUGUUAAUAGUAAAGUACCAAAUAAAGGUUGUUUUAGACUUUUUUGACAGCUGCAUUUGUAAAAGAUACUCUACAUACACAUAGAAUAUUAUCUGUAAUGUGCAAAUAUGUAAAUAAUUCAAGUAAGAUUGAUGUCCAUUGUACUAGGAACAAUCUAGGGUUCAGUUCAAUGACAAAGAUUCAGUCAUGUUUAUCAUCAGGCAGGCCCAGCACUAACACGCUUUUUCUGACAAGGUGUUUACUUAUGUAUGCCCAUGCCAAGGUACUUUCACAAAACAUCCCCUAAGCUAUUACGAAGUCACAAAUAAAAAUAUGUAUUUUAUCUUAGUAUUAUACAGUGAUCAAAACAGUUUGGUGCAAGUCUACUCCAGUGUCAUUCUGUACCUUGAGUCUGGGUGUUCAUGUUCCAUUCUUAUCAUACUAGCACUUGGCCCUCCCUUGAUUGAUAAACUUUCUUUUCUUAUUCACUUGGAAUUGCACAUCUUACAUGAUUCUCAACUUCAUUAGCACACCUAAGCUGCUGUAACCAUUUAGUUUGUCAGUCACAGCAUUUAAGAGUCUAUAAGAUGUCAUUGGUUUAGCAAAACCUUUUCAGCAUAAAUACAUAGGAAUUUAUAUGCUUUAUAGAGAGUAUAUUCUGAUCAGUGCUCUGUUGAGACCUACACUAGGCCCUGCACACAAAAGUUCAUCUCUGCUCAAAGUUUACUCAGCAGCUCUGUUUAUUUCUUUUCUGUUUAAAACCUGGUGGAAAGGAUGCUAACACCGUUUCUAGGAGGCCUAUUGCAGUACUUGUGACUGUAGUGUAUGGCUGGUGUAUAUAUUCUGAAGGUAGCUGUCUUAGAUGUUUUUGGAGCUUCCUUCCUAUGAAAGUUUAAUGGUAUACUCUGUUUACAUUCUUUUAGCAUAAUAUCUAGGAUUCUAUGAAUAUCGAGGAUAUGAAAUUGCUACUCAAAAGGUCAGGUGAGCUUUCCAGAGAAAAGUAUAAAUAGAUAAAUAACACAUUUCAGUUUCUUCAGAAUACAAAGUUAUAAGUGCAUCUAAGAAGGAUUGUCAGUGGCGCCAAAUAACAGAAAUCUUUUAUCUUUUAUGGUAUAACUAUCUUUAGAAAAGAGAACAUUAGCAUCAGCAAAAUAAAAGAAUUCCUCUAGAAGUUCAAUGAGUUUUUUUCCAACUAUUUGCUUGGAGUACAAGCAUUAAGGACAAUUGGGCAUUCUCUUGUAGUUUUUUACCGAUAGGAAUGGGUGUGCGUACAUACCAUGUUUUGACUAUGGGCAGAUCGCUUCUUUCUGUAUGGAUACCUGACGUGUGCGUCAAGGAGCUCACUACGCUCUAGACUGCUCCAUCCCUUAUCCUCUUAGGAAAAGGACCAAGUUAAGACUGAGAGGACUUGUGAACAGCAGAACAAACGAGGUGUGGGUCCUCAGUAGUAGGCGUUGUCACGUACCAUAAGAAGGCUGUUACCCUCGGAUCUCCCAGAUGAACCCUUAGUUUUUCCACCCUACUGACCGCAAUUCCUGUAUGUCCCCCAACCUGCUUUUGUUUGACUGUGAACUGCUUUGACUGCUUUGCGGCCAUAUGUCAGCUGCCCGUUUGGUGCCACUUAACUGUAAGGUGUGCAGAAUGCCUUGCCCCUCAACUGGAGAGCGGAACAGAUAGUUUUGAGAGGUACAUGUAUCUCUCUAUGCACGUGUUAUGUGGGGUUGUUGUCAACCUUAGUAACUUUGUAAUCUUUAUCAAAUUUCAUCCAACUGGCCAGUGGACUGCUUAUUUGAUAUGACUUUCAAGCAGACAAAAAUGUAUUAACUUUGGAUUCUGUUUUUUGGGGUUUUUUUUUGGUUUUUUUUGUUUUUUUUAAGAAAACCAGGCUAAUACUUAAAGGCUGUGUAUGGAACUCUGAAUUGCAAAAAAUAAAUUAGAUGCCCGCAGACAAGGCAGAGUAAGAAUGAAGGAGAUAGUUUCACAGGAAGAAUGGCAUACCAUCAGCCAGUGGCCACGUAGAGCCCACUAGUGUGAACCUAGACAGCAACCCCAUUCUUUCUUGGGUCAGUGGGGUCUUGAGGAAGAAGACCAUAUGGCAGCUAGCUGAAUUACUCCAGUAGCCUGCAGUCUGUCCCUGCUGUUCUCUUUCGUUAGGAUGCUGUGAGUCUUUCCAUUCCUGUGACCAAUUUUGCACAUACCAUAUGACCAAAAUGCAGGCAUUUGUCAGUAUAAGGCAUAUGUAAAUGUUCAGUACGUGAACAGACACGAGCUUUGUCAAGUGAUGGGGUACCUGAAAUUGGUCACAUCAGAGAGCACAUUUGAUCUCACAGCAGGCAAUGCCCAGUCACAUAUGCCAGUGCUCCUGAUCUGGUGUGUCACAUGACAGGAGAUGUUGGGAGAUGAGCUACGUGACAAGUGACCAGCAUGUCACACGAUGGAAAAGGGCUUCAGUAUGUAGCUUUUGUGUGCCUUGAUAAGCGGUUGUGUGGCACACUCCAGCCCAAAGACUAAGCAUCAUUACUAUGCAGUAUAACAUAAUUAUACAGCCAUAAGAUAAGAAACAUCCCAAACCUAACGAACCAUCUACUGGGGUUUGGUUCUCAAUAUUCCAAAUAAAGGUACGCUUUGUUAUUGGAAUCCUGUGGGAAUAAAUUGAGCAAAUAUGAGGAGGCUCAUUGCCCAGUUUUUCUGAACGCUAGACCUAAGCAACAUAUGUCUGUACCACCUAUGAUUUUUAUGGUUUUGUCAGUAACUUAAUCAAAUAUUUAUAAAUUUAAUUAUAGCUAUUGACUAAUUCAUAUGGCUUUAUAGAAGUGUGCAUGAAAUAAUUAUAAAUGCUAGUUGGCCUUGUUUUAAUAUAUUAAUUUUUAGCUGAAUUGUUAAGGCAUUUUGGUGGGCUCUAAACUGAUUAACAGAUCCAGCACGCUGGAAAAUUAGUAUCAAAAUUUUCAGGUAAGGCAGCUAAAAGGGAGAUGAGGAUUUUUUUCUGCGCUGGAUGACCCAUGAAUUGGAACAGUAAAGAUGGGAAAUAUAAUAUUAGGCACUUAGGCUUGGAUUCAUCACAUCCAAUUUAAGCUGCUACUUGCAGCAAAAAUAGGAAGAACCUUGUUGUGCUAUGCACAUUCACUUAUCAAUUGAGAGAUUCCUAGAUGAGGUCUUUGUUCCCAGCUAUGAUAAUUUUUCCUACAAGAAGGUGUGCCUCUCUCUUUCUCUCUCACUACUAGUAGAAGCUUACAGGAGAUGAGUUGGUGGGAUGAAUCUUGGCUUUUAAAAAUAAUAGCAAAUAAAAUUCUAUGGUAAGUCAGAGUUAUGGCUGGAAAUAACUGAAAAAAGGACAGAAAUGUAGUAGUUGACCGCUGGAUGAGUGAGAGGCAAAAUUUAGAGUCAUUUUCAUGGAAAUACCAUGAAAAAGGUUUUCAGUGAAGGCAGAAAAGGAGCUACACCACUUUGUGACACAGACAAGAUCUUAGCCAUAAUACUAUACAAUAAAUCAGACAUCAGGGGAAGGGAGAUGAGCUCAAACUGGAAUGGAUGAAGAGAAAACUGAGAAGUAAGCAGGAAAACAGUCAGUCUUAUAAAUGGAGCUUAAGAAGGUUGACAGUUGUAACUCUUUGUGAUAAAAGCUGGGAGAGGAUAUGAUCACUGUUAAUAAUCAAGAGUGAAUAAACACAAAGGAGAUAGAGAUACAGAUACAUAUACAGCAGAUACAUAUAAGCAUUAAUAAAUUUUAUGUGCAACUGUAAGAAUGCCUGCAGUCUUGGCACCAAUUAUUGGGAUAGUCUUUCGGUAGAAAUAGCGGUGGUAAAAAAACUAACUUUAUUAGACCUAGUUUGCUUUUAUGAAAGCUAUUACAUGAUUACUUUGCCUAAAAUAGCAGAGAUGGACUUGAUGACAUGAGAUGUGUGCAUUCCUUAUUACUGAUUUCAGUAAUACUUAUCUUUGUAUCCUACAGAAAGUAGGUCAGAGCUUGCUGUAACAAUUACAUAUAAUAGGAGGAACACUUCUAGUAUCUAUUUUCAAUUCAGAAUUUUAUGAAAAGGUUUACAUUUCCUUUAGAAGAAGUUUUACUUUACUUGGUGCUAAAUAAACCUUGAAAUUCACCUGCAAAUGUGGAAAAUAUAAUUUUAUUGAAACACCUCUGCUUUUGAGGAUUCAGUCUUUUGAGGAACAGACUUUUAAGUUCAGAAAAAAAAGGGUAUUUAGAAAACUGGCAUAAAAAAGGUUCUAUGAUUUAUGGAAAAUGGGGUUUAUGAGGCCAUACAUUAUCAGAAUAAAUGGUGGUCUUGUUCUUCUGUAUUUUCCUAGUUCCUCAGGCUUAGAAUGGAAAGAGUGAAUACGUGAGAUUGUCUGGCCAUGGAAAGGAGAAGAUGCCUGCUCCAAGGGUGCCAGUGCUGGGAGCAAGAUCAAUGGAUCUCUUCUAUUCCAGGAGACAUGGAGGUCUAUUUGUGGUUGGAGCUACCUGACUAGAUCAAAAUAUAGAUCAGUCUGCUAUGAAAGUACCUCCCAUGAAGAAGACUGCCUGAUGGCUUAGCUUGCUCUGAAUAUAUCACCUUACCAGAUAAGCCUUUUAACCAAACUGAAAAACAAAAUCAAUUAUUUUUGUUUCCAGGAAUAGACUGAAGAAAACAUGGCCAAUCAACGGGAUUACAUUAGCAGACCUAUUUGCAAUGGAAUUUCUGUUUCUGAAAAUAAAAUCAAUUCCUUAGUGGCUGAAGGUCAUGGACAACAAAUUCUAAAAGUAUUACAAAAGUUCAGAGAACAAAAUAUAUUUUUUGACUUUAAAAUUCUUGUGAAAGAUGAAAUAAUUCCUUGUCAUCGUUGUGUACUGGCAGCAUGCAGUGAUUUUUUCAGAGCCAUGUUUGAAGUUAAUAUGAAAGAACGAGAUGAUGGCAAUGUUACUAUUAGUAAUCUAUCAGCCAAGGCAGUGAAAGCCUUUCUUGAUUACGCUUAUACAGGAAAAACAGAGAUAACAAAUGAUAAUGUGGAAAUGCUCUUCCAGCUGUCAUCAUUUCUUCAAGUUUCACUCCUUUCCAAAGCUUGCAGUGACUUUCUAAUAAAAAGUAUUGAUCUUGUGAAUUGUUUACAGUUGCUUUCUCUAUCAGAAAGUUACGGUUCCAUCCGCUUAUUUGAUCAUGCACUAGAUUUUGCACAGCAUCACUUUUCCUUGCUACUCAGAUCAAGUGAUUUUUUGGAGAUGAAUUUCGAGAUAUUACAAAAAUGUCUUGAGGCUGAUGAACUAAAUGUUCCUGAGGAAGAAUCCGUGUUGAAAGCUGUCCUUCAAUGGACCAAACAUAACUUAGAAACACGACAGAAGUAUCUGGCUCAUUUGAUUAAAAAUGUGAGACUACAUCAAUUACCUGAAAAGACUUUACAGGACUUUCUGCACUCUGAAGAACAGUUACUCAAGAGUGCUAAUUGCUCAGUAAUAAUCAGUGAUGCAGUUAAAAGUGUACAAAACUUUAGUGGACUGUUUCCAGAUGCACGUCCUUCAACAACAGAAAAAUAUAUAUUUGUUCAUAAAACUGACGAAGAUGGAGAAAACAGACAUACGUUUUGCUACAACAUCAAAACAGAUAAAUGGAAAGAACUACCACAUACACAUAUGAUUGAUCUUCCAGGGUCAAGUUUAUCUAGUUAUGGAGAAAAAAUAUUUAUAACCGGAGGAUGCAAAGGGAAUUGUUACAGGACAGUCAGGCUUCAUAUUGCUGAACCAUUCCACGAUGCCACUGACCAAACCUGGUGCUACUGUCCAGUCAACAAUGAAUUCUCCAUAGUGUCAGCUAUGAAAAACCCAAGGACAAUGCACACAUCUGUUGUAACCUUAAAUCAGUUGUUUGUAAUAGGUGGAAAGACCAGAGGAGCUCAAGAAACCCGAAGUCUUUUGGAUGUAGAAUCUUAUAAUCCUCUUUCCAAAGACUGGAAAUCUGUAAGCCAGUUACCAAGAGGUAUCUACUAUCCAGAAGCAAGUGCAUGUCAGAAUAUAAUUUAUGUCCUUGGCUCAGAAGUAGAGAUUACUGAUGCCUUUAAUCCGUCUCUUGAUUGUUUCUUUAAGUAUAAUGCUAUGACUGAUCAGUGGUCUGAGCUUGUAGCAGAAUUUGGACAAUUUUUCCAUGCAACUUUAAUCAAAGCUGUUCCAGUGAAUUGUACAUUGUAUAUAUGUGAUCUUUCCACCUACAAGGUAUACAGUUUUUGCCCAGAAACCUGUGUUUGGAAAGGGGAAGGAUCUUUUGAAUGUGCUGGCUUUAAUGCAGGGGCAGUUGGAACAGAAGAUAAAAUUUAUAUAUUAGGUGGUGAUUAUGCUCCAGAAGAAAUUACAGAUGAAGUUCAAGUCUACCACAGUAGUAGGUCUGAAUGGGAAGAAGUAUCACCAAUGCCAAGAGCCUUAACUGAGUUUUACUGUCAGGUCAUUCAGUUUAAUAAAUAUAGGGACCCCUGGUCAUCUGUAAUGACAAUUUGCUCUGGAGAGUUUUGAAACUCCUGAGUCAAAAGAAUCUAUUUAAGUGCACAAGUUUUAGAAGAGACUUUUAGCUAUUAAUUUGCAGGAAAAACUUUUUUUUCUUUUAAAUAUUCAGUUUAAAUUUUAUGCUAUAGAACUGUUUUUGAAAGGGUCCAUAAAAUUGUCAUUCAUGCUAGUCAUUGUAUAUAAAGUAUUAGUUUCAUGUGAAAGUCUUUUCUGUAAUUAUCUGAAUAAUUGGCAAAAUGGUGUUACUUUCAGAAAAGCAGAGUCAUAAGGAAUUUGUUUUUUAAUAUGUGCCCUGGUAUUUCUGUAGUCUUCACAGGUGUCCCAGUAGAAAAAUUGCUGAGCAAGAAAACUGAUUGUGAUACUGUUUUCUCUAUGUAACUGAAGUUUAAAGGAAAUCUGAAUUAUUGUUGUUUUCUCUAGGUUUUUUAUAUCAUAAACCUGUUAGAGGAAUUCAUUGUCAGUUUUAUCUUAUUAGAACAACCUUAGCAGGGGCAAAAGCCAAAGAGACCUUGACAGCAUUAAAUCUAGGCAUCUAACUUGAAGAGACUGAUAAUUGCUAUACCUUAUUUCAGCUUUUCAGUUUGACCAGUUGUUCUCCAUCCUUGUGCCUUAGUAGUAGCUGUACUUUGUUUUCAUCCCAUAGCUGUGGCAAGACAACCUCUGACAACAUUUUUGCAGGGUGGACAGGAUUUCUACAGGGUGAAUGAUUCAUACGGUAACUUCACUGUACAGAUGGUCACCUCCGUCAUGCUGUUAACUACAGCUAGGCUGAAAGAACAAAACAUUUCAGGCUGUUUUCUAGCAGAAGUCUUCCAUCUCUUAAGUCUACAGUGCUAUCUACUAAAGCCACUAGGCUGCUUAUUGCAGUAAUACCAAUUUUAGUUGUUGCUUCAGUUAACUACAGGAAAAGUUUGCAUUUUGUUGCGUAUAAAAUACUAAGUUACAAAAAUAACGCCCCAUAUUUUAAGUCAAAGUAAAUAGGAUUUCUGAAGUGAAAUAAUUCCUUUAAUGUACAUAGUGGUUUAAAUUAAUUAAAACACUUUCAUCUUGUACUUCAUGGUAAUUUUAAGUGUAAAAAUAUUACAUGGUAAAUACUACACAAUAUAUUUCUUGAGAAAACUUUCAGUAGUCUUCUAUUAUAAUGUUUAAAUUGUCACGGACUUUUAGUAUUAAUAUUCCUCUAGGCAUAUGCCAUAAAGUAAACUUGAGCUCAUGCAUACAAAGUGGGACCUGUGUCUGAUGGAAGGAUACUGGAAUUAGCUAGGUUUCAUAAAUUCAUUUAGUAAUCUUCCACAGCCUGAGAAUUUUCUUUCUUUCCAGCUAUUUGAAUAAAAUUUUGAGAGCCGUUAUGUUCAAUAUAAAAUAUCUUUAAAACAGUAAAGUUAUCUUAUGCCAGACAGAAUGAUACUAAAUAUCUGAGCAUGUCAUUUCCAAGUAGUUUAAAAAAUGAACAGACUUUAGUGAGAUGUCUCAAACAUCUUUCACAUAGUGUAAGACAACCAUGGUAAUUUCAUCAUCACAUCACCACUGCAUAUAUUUUUGCAAAAGUCAAGCUCAGUACUGAAACUUAAAGCUUAGUAUCUUGUAGUGACAUAUUUCUGUUUCAAACAGUAAACAAUGGAAGGCUCUGAUCCUGUGACUCAUUUAUAAUUUGCCAUCAGAUAUCUUUAUAAAUUUAAACAUUCACCAUAAAGAUUUUCACAAAGAUGUAUGUGAAAAUUAUGCACAUUUGAGGAACAUGUUAAUAGAGUGGAACCCUUCAACACCCCUAGUAAUUUGUAUUAAGAUGUGUUAGUUCUGUAGAAGUAAACAACUUGUUGUAGGAUUCUAGGGAACCUCUACAUUUAUUUUGCUAUUUUCAUAGUGAAUCUUCAAAUCAUAUUAUAACUAUAUUUAGACAGGUAACUUUCACAAUCAUCACCCUGAAAUGCAAGCAUUUUUAUACCAAAACACAAAUAAUUUUUGUUAGUGCAUAGCAAAUGUAUUGAAUAGUUUGGGAGAGAGAGAGAAUACUAUUCCCUCCCACUGAAACAGCAGGACAUGCAAGUAGUUAUAUAGUAGAACAGUAGUUUUAGUUUUAAGAAAGCUAUUCAAAGUAACAUUGUUGCUCUUGCUCUUAAAAAUUUAACAGAGACUUCUUUGACCAUUAAUUAUUGCAACUUGUCACUUUUCAUCAGAAAUAGAGGGCCUGAUUCUCCUUUGCUUGUGCUUUGUUGUUGUUUUUAUUCCUGAGUAAUUUAAGUAUGCAAUUCAUGAAAAAUACUAAAAGAUGAACAAAGUCACAUACGUUGCCCACUGUAUAUGGGUAUAAAUAGCUAUGCAAAUUGGAAGAGACUACAGAAUCACAAGAUUACUUUUAAUUGCCACUGUCAUGACCACACUGCUGGGUUAUAUAAUCAGCACUAAGUCAGUGAUUCAGGUGAUGCUCUUUCCUCCACGUUUUUCCUUACAUUAAAUUUUAUUUGGCAGUCUUCCAUCUAGCAGCUACGUGCUAUAUGUAUAUGUCUCUGGUGUAUGACAUUGGAUAGAGCAAUGACAUAUGUGGUAAGUUACUCAUCACUAUUAAUACAUAUAGUGAAAACUGAAUGAAGCUUCAUUUAGAAAAAAGAUGUGCUCCUUUAAUACUCUAAAGUUAUGCUACAUUUGCACAGGAACUAGUCACAGUUCCCAGUCCGACAAAUCAUUCAUGCAUUUCAAGUGGAGUUUAGCUCUUUUAUUCAGUGAUCAGGAAAUAAUGUAGUAAUGUCAGUUUAUACUAUUGCUUAAAGGAAAGUUACUGUGAAAUAAUAUGUAUUUCUUCAGUUAUGUAGGUAAGCCUGUAUUAUGCCUCUCGUGCAAGAGAAAAGAUCAUCUGCCACAAUUCCACAUACGGAGGGUUAAGUCUGAUAGCUGAACUGGGUGCAGAAGAAGCUGUAUUAGAAAGUCACAGUUAAAAGCAAGGCUUCAUAAUAUAAUUAAGGUCAUAUGUUCCAAAUCCUGUGAUUAAUCCUUAAUGAUAUAAGACAUCUCAGUGAAGUCAACUAGACCACUCAAAAGGGAUUACUUGCAUGAGUUACUGCAGUAGGUCUGCAUCAAAUAUAUUUUUAGUCUACUUUACACAAAAGUUAUGCAAUUAAAUAUAAAAAAGUGCAAAUCAAGUUUUUCUAUAUCUUUUCUGAUUUUUCAAAGCUCACAGUACUUUAUGCAAAAGUACAUUUCUCUAAAAAUAGUCCAUAAUGACUAAGCUUAACUGUUACCUAUGUUUUCACUGAAAUAGUAAGAUGUUUAAAACAUAUAAAUUGCAUGUAAAGGUAUAUGCUAAUAUUUGCACUUAAAUGAUGUAACCAAAACAUUUCUAAUAGUCUAUUACAUGUAAAAAAAAAAUUAUGCAGCAUGACUAGUAUAGUAUACAUGAAGAUAAUAUAUCGUAUGUGGGGUUUUAAUAUCCAGUAAUUAUUUUAUUGGAUAAUAAUUUUUAAAGAAUGCUAUCAAAAUAUUAUGGCAUUUUGGUAAUGUUAUCAUACUGCUUAAGUUGUUAAAAUAAAUAUCAAUAAUUCUCAUAUACUGGAAUAUUAUGUUUGCACAGCCCUAAUGAUUAUUAUUUAUGCACUAAUUUAUUUUCUAUAUUCUAAAUGUAUUAGUAGUAAGUCAGUUUACUGCAGUUAAAAAUUCAUUAUAUUUACAAAAUGGAGUAUGCUUACUGGGUCAGAUUUAUUCCUGGUAUUACUCCACGAAGAAAAUUGUAUACCUCUUCUGACUAUUAGGUAUUAGGUAAGGGGGCUGGAAUAGGGUAUAGGAUAUGCUAUCUACAUUUUGCAAUGUUGACUCUAAUUUUAGAUGGUUCUAUUUGUAUGUGACCAACAAGAGGCAGCAUAAGAUCUAUUUUAAUUAAAAGAGAUUUAAACCAGGAAUAUAUUUGACAAUAUCUGUAUCUGAACAUUAUGUUUAAUUUACCUUUUUCCCCCUCUAACAUCCAAUAAAGAAUACAGAUCAGUAACAUUUUGCUGCUGCCUGGGCUCUGCUGAUACAUGGAAAAUAUGAUACUAUAUGUUUGUUGAGAUGUUCAUUCCUUUGUGAAAUAAAAGCACUGAGCAACUGAA